AUGAGCUUCGACGACAUCAACGACUGCGAGAGCCUCUUCUCUGCUACCUCUCCCUUCUUCCUCCAUUCACCAGCUUCCACCUCUCCAUUCGGCUCCUCCAACAAGGCCAAAUCUUUCGUCCUCUCUUGUUCUUCCACACUUCGAAAGCGAACAAAGGCCUGGCUACACGACGCACGACAUGCGUGGUGGCCGCUCGUUGCCGAUCUCGCUCCCAAGCUCCAACGAAUUUCGACCCUCGCGUCCAGCUUCGGCAAGGACAUCACGCGUGCCCUCGUCCUCAUCACCUUCGCCACCUGCAUCAUCCUCUUCGGCGUCCAUUUCUCCUCUUUCCAGCAUCUUGUUAUUAUUUUUCUUCAAUGGAUCCGAACGCUCGGCAUGCUCGGAGGCAUUAUCUACGUUUUCGCCACCGCUCUCAGCAAUCUCGUUUUCAUCCCAAGUGCGGUGAUUGCGUUCGUGCUCGGUCGCACGUUGUUCCGAUCCUGGGUCUCAUCUCUCGCUCGGCAGUACCCUAAGGUUGCGCUCAUGGAUCAGGCCAUCGGGAAGAAGGCGGUCGGCUGGAAGAUAGUGCUUCUUCUACGCCUCUCGCCCAUGCUCCCCUACAACGUGCUCAACUACGUCCUGUCCGUCACGCGCGUUCAAUUCAUGGACUACUUCCUGGCCUCUACCAUCGGCAUGUUUCCUGGCGUGGCGGUGUUCACCUAUUUCGGAAGCAUCUCGCACGACCUCUCGUCGAUCUUCUCCUUCUCGUCCAAGGGGAUGAGCGGCAUGGACGACGACGGCAGCCAGACCCUGAUCAUCUACUCGGGCUUCUUCUUCAGCGUGGUCGCCUUCGUGCUGCUCUCCUACUUCGCCGCGAACGCGAUCAAGAAGGAGCUCAAGAAGAUCGAAGAGGAGAACGAAGCCAACGAGGCUAAGGACAAGGAGCUCGACCAACUCGAACAGCAGCGAGAAAAGCUACAGGAGGAGGAAGCGGCCAAGGCUAAGGAAGCCGACGCGGCAAUGAACUCGACGGGGCAGGUCAUCACGCUGCGACAAAUCGACGAGGCGCUCUUCGAGGUGCGGAACGACACCCACGGCAGCGUGGUGGCCAAGGACGAGAGGCCCGUGUUCGAGCAGAACCGGAGCUGCGGCAUGCGGAAGAACCUCUCGUGGGUGGACUCAAGCAUGGCGUGA